AUGGUAUUGCGAGACCGGGGUAUGAAUGACCCCUGCGAUCCAAUGGGACACCACGGGCACCAUCCGGGGCUGGACGGCGACAUGUACCAUCAGCACGUGCCAGCCGCAAGGACCAAGCGAAUGCGAACCUCCUUCAAGCACCAUCAGCUGAGAACCAUGAAGUCCUACUUCGCCAUGAACCACAAUCCGGACGCCAAGGACCUCAAGCAACUGGCCCACAAGACGGGGCUUACCAAGAGAGUUCUGCAGGUUUGGUUCCAGAAUGCCCGCGCCAAAUACAGGCGGACUUCCACGAAGAAAGACGAUGAGAAAUCGGAAAAGAAUGCCUCCGAGUGCGAUGGAGAUCAGCCAUCACCGUCGACCCAGGUGGACGACCAGGACAACAUCAGUAUCACCAGCAGCGGCGGUGGUGGUGGUAGCGGUAGCGGCAGCGAUCCCACCGCUGACACCAUGUAUGAUGACGGCGACGAGGACGACGAAGAUAAGCUCCUUGAUGAAAUCACGACCUACAGUGAGCUCAAAACGGCAUCGCCUGCCGUGGCGGACGAGGUGUCCACCAUCUCCUCGAUGCCAGCGUCGGCGCGGAUGCUGCAUGGUCUACAUGGCCCACCCGGCCCGACUCCGGGUAACAUACACCACGGUAUGGGCCUUAUGUCGCAUGGCUUUGUCGAAAUCUUCAGUAACUCGGCAUAGAGAACCAUUCUCCCAGAUCAAUUGUUAUCGCUUAUUUAUUUGAUGACGGACGUCAUAUUGCUUUUCAUUGCCAGCACAACGAUGUACAGACAGGAGCAUGGCUCUAGUGAGAGAGAGAGGCCUAUUCUGCAUCCCCAAGAUGCAUCAUUAUAAAAUCGAAACAUGGAACCGUUUUUAUCAACACCAAAUCAAUCCUGGCUUCUGGGUUUUGUUUUGUAACAUGGACCUUGAAGGAACUCUUUGCGGACACAACCAACUGAACUUUCUAUGUCGAUCCUGUCCGUGAACCAUAAGAUUGGAAUCAUAUCAACAUACGAAAAAAAAGAGACGGACUUAAAUCGAGAAUUAGAAUAUAUUUACAGACCAUGGACGAAUGCUGCUCAUUGGUGUUUUCAGUCACGUGUGCUAGUUGGUGAAAUCACUCUGUCAACGACAGACUUCUUGGUUUACACAGAAAACUUCGUGAUUUUGACUGCGGUGUUAGUGUUAAUGUUCGUUUUAGUUUCAGUGUUAUUACAUUGUUUUAAGAGUGUUACAUCUCUAGGUCUAGAGGUCAAACGUUAACUCUGAAUGAAAUGUUCUCAUGUGUAACAUCUCUAGUGCUUGGUCCCAUGACAAGUUUUCUCGUGAAGUUCCUCUUUCUGGGUGACCAUAUCAUGGAUGCGCCAAGGUUAGCCUCUCACUUUUCCAUAUAAAUGUUUGUAGCACUCUGUGACGAAAUCGAUGACGUGAUAUUAGACCAAUCAUGAAAUGAAACUGCAUAAGCAAUGUCAUGGUGAUGACAUGUUAACUAGUCAUUUUAUGUGUUUCGUUGCAGAAUAAUUAUGAAGAGAUAUACGGGAUGAAAAGUUAAAACAAUAAUGUCCAGAUCAGCAGACAAUGUUGAUCUACUGUCUAUGUUUAAUCCUUGUCAAAAAGAAAUCUACUUUGCAUUUAUGAAUAACGGCUUUGGAUUAAUAACUGAACCUCGUUUUUAUGUGUAUCCAUGUCCAUGCAUAUCAUCAAAAGUUACGGUUAUAUAUUUUCUGAAAUUAUGUUUAAUUUGUGUAUUCAGUCUUGCACAAUAAUUGUCUUCAGUCUUCACCACUAAUUCUAAAGUGUUGAGAAAAACAUGGUGUUUCAACGUAAGUGUGAAUCCCUCACUACCUAUCAUCACAUGCCAAAUAGUAUUAACGGUUGCACUAUUGAUAUAGUUAAUUAUCAUUUGCAUAAUUAGAGUAAUGUUGGCACCAAGUUAAGUCGCACUGUGCGUUCAAAAUGCACUUGCAAUUCUGGUCGUGGGUGUUGUAAUAAUAGUCAUUUUGUUUAUCUAGGAAAGCUUCAUCGGCUUUAGUGCUAUUC